AUCACAAAAUGGACGACAAGGUUUUGUCAGUCGUCUGAAAACAGAGCUGUGACCGAAGAGUCAACAUAUAGGAGUUUUGUAGGAACAAAACAGAUUUAUAAGGAAUCUUUUAUUUAUGUGUAUUAUGAUAACAUUGUAAUUAUGUCUUUUCUGGAUUUUACGGACUCCGAAACGUACAUACGAGAGUGGUUUGUCGACAUUCUUCACCAGUUUCCUCAUGUGAACUUUUCAUUCAAAACAACAAAUUCUACAUUCAACCCAGACAGUAUCAAUUAUAGAGAGGCAAUAGUUUUCCUGUGCUCCCUACCUGUGAUAUGGUGUGUGAUAUUUCUCCUGGCGACGUCAAGUUGCCUCUGUCUGCAAUGCAUCAGGAAACCGCCACAGAAAACUGACAAAUCAACGUGUCUCAGGGUGUCGCUCUUCAUCGUCAUCUUCCUGUCAAUAGCAAUCUUAACACCUGGUUUCUAUGGCAAUGAACAAACAAGUAAAGGCGUGAGCAGAUUUAUUGAAUCUGUGCAAGACACAAACCAAACAAUAACGGAAGCUGUGGCCACGUUGGGUUCUCUGAAGUACCUGGCUGACAGCAUCUCUACCAGAAGUGUGGUAGCGCUACAGAAUGUGAUUCACCAGUACACGAAUGAGACGGUCAGAGCCCCUCUGGAAAUCCUCAUCAAUGACAUCACUUCCGCUGCCCAGAAAGCGAGAGCAGACGUGACCUCAAUUAGGGCAGCCACACCCAAUAUAACCCUGGAUUACAUCGUACAGGAUGCGACCACGUAUGAAUUUUACAGAUGGAUUGGAACUGUGAUAGCCCUGUGUUUUACUUUGGUUGUUUUGCUGCUCAUCCUGAUAGCAGUCUGGCGGAAAUCAAAAUGUAUUGUCAUGUUCUCCAUAUUUAUAGGGUUCCUUACCCUGCUGGUGAUUUGGGGGUCAGCAGGAAUCUAUCUAGGUGGGGCUGUGGCUGGUGCUGACCUCUGCUACAACCCGGAUUUGUUUGUAGAAAACGUCACCUCCCAAAAAGUAGAAAGAGCUAUUGUGAAAGCCUACAUUGAGUGUCCGCUAGGAUCCACUGACCCCAAGAUGUUCUCGGAUAACAUCGAACUGGCCAGAGAAGCUGUCACACAAGCCAACAAUACGCUGUACCAAAUAAAGACAGUGGUCAAACCAUUCAACAUUCCACAGCUGAUGGAGCCGAUGAGAAGAGUUGCGGAGGAGCUGGAGUACUGUUCUGGUAACAUCACUGUGUUAGCAGAGGACUUAGACUGUCGGGAGAUACACAAGAACUACGUCAAGGCAGUUCAGGGGAUCUGUAACACUUCCAUGCUUGGUGUGGUAUUCAUCCUGCUGUGUCUGCCCUUGUCCGGCCUGAUGUUCAUCCUCACACAGUGUCUACUACCAAGGUUCUGGAGAAUCAUCGGCAAGAAGCGCGGCUAUCGACCCGUGGACGACGCUGAUCCCUUCUGUCCUCGUCCACCUCCUUACAAUGGGUACGGCAGUAUACAUCCUGACAUCAGGUCGUCCAACAGUUAUCCUAACGACCACUCAUACAGUUUGAACAACGGCCCCGAAAGUGAGAUACUUCCUAUGCAAGGACCUUUAGCCGAGACUCCUCCACCUGCAUAUCGUCCGACGGGAACCUUUGUAGAAAACUACAACUUCGGCCCUCCUGGACGGCCUCGCUUCUCAAGUGACACCUAGGGGCAGAUGUGGAAACUAGAACGGAGAUAACCAGUCAAUGUCGGGAUCUAGAAAACUUCCAACGAAAAUUAGAAAAAACACAUUCACUGAAAUGAAAUGACCUACUGUUUAAAAUGAAGUAUUACACACAGUAUACCAUGUUGCUCAACCUACAAUUGUGUCUAAAUCAUAAAAUCAUUGAUAAUACAUCAUACUGUUUUUUAAUGUUAGAUGGUAGGUCUUUGUCAAGUGAAGUUUGGCUGGAAGACUUUCUCGCAAAAAAUGUCUUGUUCAAAUGUGUAUUCAAGUUCAGACAGUAAAUACUGAACUGUUUAUCUUAUCCUGUCACCUACAAUUUUUACAAGCUUUUAGAUUUAAAGGUCAAAUAUUUCUUCUCAGAAAUAAAACAUAUGAAAUAUGGAUAUUGCCAUCAAUGAUUUUAUAUAAAUUUCAAUAUUUUUAUAAAAGUGUAUAGAUGUACUCGCAGGGAAGCAUAACAUGAAAGAAAAUCGGAGAAUCUUUUUUUUUUUUUUUAAUUCAAAAUACCUAGUCGGGUAUAUAUUAUAAACUGUUUAAAAUAUACCAUAUAAUUUGACAACAUUUCACUGUUAUCAUGCAGGGAUUUUGGGUUUCCCGGAACUAUUGUAGUUAUCGGACAGAAUUAUGAUGAUAUUGUAUCUAUAUCUAUGAUUUGUUGUACAUGUACUUACCAGUGAACUACGUACAUAAUACUCAUGAAAUUUUAUAUAAAAUAUGAUAAAAUAUUAUAUGAAUAUGGUGGAGAUUUCGUAUACUAUUACAAAAGUUAAUAUUCGCUCUAUGUAUUGAGAAAAAUGAAAUAAUAUCUAUAUUUAUUUCACAUGUUCUUAUGCCAGGCCAUUUUUUAUUUUUUUUUACCAUAUACUGGUUACAGUGUCAAGACAUAUAUUGCUGAUCUGUAUUCUUAUUGUAGAGGAAACAAUAUACUUACUCAAUAACCUUUAUUAAGAAAGAAAAAAAUGUACAUCAGGAAAUAUUUUAACCCUCCGUAAGCCAGGAAAAUUUAUCAUUUAAUACACAUCUUACUAUAAAAUACAUAUGUAGUUUUUCUCUGUGUGAAAAUUUUCCGCAGUGGAGGGAAAAUAUUCCACUAGGUAAAAGUUCUUGUGUACCAAGUAAGGAAAUGGAGAUUUUUUUUUAAACUGACAUGUUCGUUAACCAUAUCUGAUAAAAUACAGGCGGUCACCAUUUUUCAAACACAGGUGAAGCGUCGCUACUUUUCAUAAUUAAACUCCAGGAGAAUUCACAAGAUUUGUAAUAUAAACAUCCUGUAAGUAAGGCGUAUAUCAUUAUAAAAGAACCUUAUCUAUGCAAUGAAGAAAGAUUUCAUAUCCAGGUGUAUUUUAUGAAAGAGUCAACUAUAUCGGAUAUGAAUGGGAAAAGGAGAAUUAUUUCAUGGAAAGGCAUAAUAUCUGCUGUAUAAAGAUGUUUAUUACAACAAUUUUUUAAACAAAGAGUUCACUAUACCCUAUAUUAUGAAAGAGUCAACUAUAUCGGAUGUGAAUGGGAAAAGGAGAAUUAUUUCAUAGAAAGGCAUAAUAUCUGCUGUAUAAAGAUGAUUAUUACAAUAAUUUUUUAAUCAAAGAGUUCACUAUACCCUAUAUUAGGAAAGAGUCAACUAUAUCAGAUAUGAAUGGAAAAAUGAAAAUUAUUCAAUAGAAAGUCACAAUGUCUGCUUCAUACAGCAGAUAUGACUUUCUAUGAAAUAUUUCUCAUUUUUCCAUAGAAGAUUAUUGAAAUAAAAUUUUCAACAAAGAAUUCACUAUAUCCUAUAUGGACCUAAACUUACAAUUUUAUAUUUUCUUCUCUUAAGCAUACUUAUAUGGAAAUGGAGAUUAUACUAGAUAACAGAGGACAAAGACAUUGAAUAUAUCUGUAUGGCAUAUGCCAAGGAAAAGGAUGGUUUUAAAGUGUUUUCGUGGUACGUUGUAAUUCACUUCUUUUUUUUUCAUGUACACCAAACUUGGACCUGUAUGUAUGUUAAAUUUUGACCUUUGUAUUUAAAUGUGUUUAGCAUACGCAUGCAUUGCAGUUGCAGAAUUGAAGAGUUCGCAUAAUUUAAUGCAAGGGAGACAACUGUGCAAUCCCAACAUGGCCAUAUUUCAUGUUUUUAAGUUUCAGUGGGUGGGCAAUACAUGUGGUCUAGGUCUGACUAAAGAAAUUUAGUAUUAGAUAUAUUUUAUGUGUAUAUCAUGAUGGGCUUGUCCUUGCGAUAGUAUAAAACCUGAACUUGAUAUUAAGAAAAUGGUAAAACUAUAGAUUCAUAAUAUCAAACUCCGAUUCCAUGAUUUUCUCACAUCUUCCCUGUAAUAAAAUUAAAGCAUUGAACUGUCAUGUGGAAGGAUGUCGAAAUUUGAAAAAAAAUAUAAAAAAAUAACCAGUUCUGCAGAUAAUGUCUUUUAACUGGGAAGUAUAUUAUUUUGCCAGUUUUAGUCAUAGCAUUUAAACUAUUUCACACCCCUAUGUAACUUUAAUCAACUCUACCAUCCAUUGAUCUAGAUAAGUCCAUUAUGGUCUACAGUGGUUAAAGGGUUAAUUAAUCAUGUUGUCGAGAAUCUACAAGGUUAGUAUUCAUGUUCUUGUGUUCAAUAUUCAUCCGGACCCUGGGUCAGGAGAUGGGUGAAACUUGAGAGCAGUAUUACCCGUUCUUAUAAAAUUGUGAAUGAAGUCUUGAUAAUUUCUUCUACAUUUAUUGAAGAAAAAAUGAAAAAUAUGGGGAUAUUGGGAAGAAAUAGAUAAUCUUAUAUGAUUUUCAUUUUUAACAUGUUCAUAAAUGCUCAAAGAAAUUUAAGAGAGAGUGUGAAUUUUGUUUGUACUGCUGUGCAGAAUUGACAGUUUUACUGCUGAACUCUUUAUAUACUUCCAGAGGCAGAUCCAUAAUUUUUUAAAGGAGCUUGAGGGGCUCCAACUGAAAAAAAAGACUGAAUAUUUGUGAAAAUGACGAAAAGACAUUGAUUAUAUAUAGAAACCACGACUCCCCUUUUGGGCCCCUCUAGAUAUGUCACUGGGUCUUGUAAAUAGGAUAGAACAAUUUAUUGUAUUGUACAUUUGAACAGGUAAGUUGAGAAAUAAUGGUAUGCAGCUUACCAAAGGCAUCUUCUUGCUAGCGUAUUAAAUUAGAUUGUACAUGCUUGGUGUUAAUAUACGCUAUUUCAGCUAAUGAAAUGAAAUAUUGAUUCUUUUUAGAUAUCCUUCUAUAUUGUAGUAUUGUGACAAGAAGUUAAGGAAAUACAAUAAAUAUAAAAUUUGCUUUGAAUAUUUUUCAUAAGAUAAAAUGAUUUUUGGUGAUAAUUUUCUUGUUACACUAAAAAAUAUUGAAGAACAUGCAGUAAAACCUCGUUAUACUGCCACCAGUUGUCCAGAGAAAUUUUGGCGUUAUAAAGGGGUUUGGUGAUAAAUUGAGGAAAACGCUUAAAUGAAAAAAGGGCCCUCAAAAUAUGCUAGCAGUGAACAAGGUGGCAAAUGAAAAGAGGGGCAUUAUAUUGAAGUUUUACUGUAUGUAUACAUAUGAUACCAUUGAGAAUGAUAAUUCUGGUGAUUAUUACAGCGUGUCAUGAAUAAUAAUGAGCAUUAAUGCUUUUAUAUUAGAGUUUGAGUUACUGAUCAGGUUGAAGACCUUUCAUAGAAUGAUAAGGUAUAGAAAUUUAUGUAAAGUUUAUUUUUGUAGAAAAGAAAUUAAAAUUGCAGGCCAUUUUAUCGGCAUGUUUAUAUGGUUUCUUUGUGCCAUUUCAGAUCAGUGCUUCCCUGUUGUAUUGGGUUUCUGUGUCUCAAAACAAUAUAGAUUUUAAUACUUCCUUUGUUGAAUGGUGAAUAUGAAAAGCUAGGGACUUUUAUAAAAGUUCUUUUUUUUUAAACAUUUUAAUCUUAAUUGGUGCCAAGAGUUUAAAUUUGUUGUGUGAAUGUUUCCCUGGUUACCAAGUCUGAUGAUCACUUUAGUUGCAUCCUCCCACCUCUCAUAGGGCCAGGUCAAGGUCAUAUCUGUCCUAUUAGGUCAAGGUCGGUACCUGAAGAGAGCAACAAUGAACUUCAAAUUCAGAAUUAUUGAGGUGACCUUGGAAUUUCUUUGUGGCAAAUGUCAGAAACUGAAGGUUACAGACUGUGAAGGUCAAAGUCAAGGUCAUUGCUGUGACCUUGGAACACUUAAAAGGUCAAGGUCAAAACAAAUGAUAACAACAGACUGUGACCUUGACAUUUGACAAAUGUCUAAUACCAAGGUGGGAGUGACUUCAUUCAACAGGGUAGCUAAUCUAACAGCAUCAUUUUACAUGUAUAUCCAUAUUUUAUAUAUAACAAAAAUACAGAAAAUAUGAAAUCAUUGAUUGUGUAUGCUCAAUUGAAAAAGAAAAACCAUUGUAUGAAAUCAUGGUCAAAGAGGGAUUAUUUUUUUUACAUCAUUCACAGAUGUCAACAUUUAUUUUCAUUGGGAACUAAUGUUACAGAAUAACACCUUUUUUAAUCCUUGUAUAUACUGGAUUAUAUUGAUUGUUUCCUCUUGUUAACUUGUUCACAAGCCUAAUUAGGUCACCAGUCGGUUGUAUUUUUAGAAAUAACAUCAGAUGUAUUAAGGCAGAGAGUCCCACCACUUUUCUACUUUGUACAGGCCUUAAGGUAGAGAGUUCCACCACUUUUCUACUUUGUACAGGCCUUAAGGUAGAUCACUCCACCACUUUUCUACUUUGUACAGGUCUUAAAGUAGAUCACUCCACCACUUUUCUACUGUAUACAGGUCUCAAAGUAGGACACCCCAUCACUUUUCUACUGUAUACAGGUCUUAAAGUAGAUCACUCCAUCACUUUUCUACUGUAUACAGGUCUUAAAGUAGAACACCCCAUCACUUUUCUACAGUAUACAGGUCUUAAAGCAGAACACCCCAUCACAUUUCCACAAUAUACAGGUCUUGAAGAGUUAUUUUCCUGUUAAAUUAAUGUUUGAUAAGAAGACAGUUUUAGCUUGUUGUCCUUUUCAUGGAGUUGGAACAAGUAAAAAAGUAUCAGUACAGUGAAUAUCAAAUAUCCUGACUGGUAGCACAGUGGAUAAGCCCCUCGGCUUUAUUAUCAAGAUAUUAAAUCCUCAUGGUGGAAAUAGUUUUAUAGAAACGGAAAUUGUAAUAAUCUUUUACUUUUAACUCUUUGCUUAUUAUAAAUGGGCAAGCAACUCCAAGACGAAAAAAAUAGUGAAAAAAUGUGAACUCUCUUAUGUUGGAGAUAAAUCAGUGAGUUGGCACUCUCUACCUUAAAGGUUUUAAUUUUUUGUUAGGGGGAGAUAACUUUGUUUUUAUGUUACGUAGUGUCUUAUGGGUUGCUGCUAUUCAAUUGAUUUUUUGAAGCUCAGGAAUUCAGAGUGAAAAUGCAAAAUAAUGUGAAAUGCAAGACAAAAAUAUAAUGUGACUUUCUUGAUUGGAGUCAGAUGUUACGAAAAAUCAUGAUAUAAUUUGUAAAUAUGCGUGUGCUUGAACCCAACAGCUCGCAGAAAAAACAGGCAAAGGAGCUUGCCCUGUGGUUGUUUUAUUACAAAUCCUGUAUUGUCGUUGCUAGCGAUGCCGUUCUUUCCACCUUCUUAGGAAGGAGUUUGUGUUGUUAAACCCAAAUGUUUUCAUUUAUUAUAACUUCACAUAUUGUUACCAGAUUUGUGAUAAUGUUUUAGUGUACAACACCAGGAGUGGAAUUCUACGAUUUUGUUAUCAAUGCCUGUAGGUACUUGCCAUUUUUCGGGGUUUAGGGGGAUGUGUGUGCGUGUAAUAAUAUAUUGUCUAGGUGGGGGGGAGUGCUUGAGUGUUAAAAUCCGCAGCCUUUGAGUGUUAAAAUCCGCAGCCUUUGAUCAGUGAGUUCUCUAUGUAUAAGAAAUGGAACAAUUUUAAAUUGAUAAAAUUUAUCACACAGAUCCAGGAUUUAGUGACAGAGAGGCACAAAAUGUUUUAUGUAGAGUUUGUUGAGGUAAAAAUCUAUUAGAAAAGUUAUCUUUAAAAUUCUUGUAGAUUAGGUCAGCCUUGGCCAAAUUUUUAGAGCACCCUCUCUUUCUUCGGAUUUAUGGCUAUAUUCAUGGCAUGGUACUGUAUAUAUGAAAAAAUAUAUGGAGUAUAUAUUUUAGGUAUUGGACAAUGUAUGAAAUUUCAAAAAUUGUAUUUUGAUCAAGAAUUGAAUGUGACUAAAUUCACUUGAAUCUAUUAAGAAAAUAUAGAACUUUAAAAAAAAAUCAUCACAUGCAUAAGGGCUUCUUGUGGGUGUGAAUAAGAAUUUAUUUAGAUGGGACCCUGAGAAAAUUCUAAAUCUUUAAAGAAAUGUGUAAAUUUUAAAUGGUGAAAGCACAAAACCCAAAAGGGUAGUAACCGUCAGUGAAGGAGGUCAAGGCUGGUGUGAUGUGUGUUUUGGGGGUGGGGGGUGGGGGUUGUGUGUUUAUGGGAAGGGUAGAAUUUUUAUUGAUGACCAUGCUCAAGCAAGGGUUUUUUGUUUAAAGUCAGAAUGAUUUACAACGGGAGGGGGGUGGGGCUUACUUAACCACAGAACCUGUGUUUACCAUUGGAGAUUUCUGUUUUCUGUAUGAACUCUUUCUGUCUUUUCCCCUCCAUUAAUUUUUAUAAUCUAUGUUAUUUUGAGUAUUUUAUGUGCUAGAAUUUUAUAACAUGUCGGUUGUGAAUAUGCUGCUUUUUUGACUACCUGAAGCAUUAUCUUUCCUUUGACCAUUUUUGUUCUUCAUUUGCCAGGUUUGUCGGAAACAGGAUUUUAUUAUGUCAAUGUUCAUCAGCUAAUUGAUUUGUUAAUUAGGUCAAAUUUUUAACAUCAAUUUGUUUGAAAAAAUAUGUAUAGAAAUGUGAUUAUUUUCUGUGUAUAUAAUAUGCAGGUGAUCUUAUUGAAUCCCAUUUAUGAAUAUUUGAAGUUUUGAUAAUUUUCAAGAUAUUGCUAAUUUAACAUUGAACUCAUUCACCCCUGAAGACACAUUUGAACUCUUCCAAUUCAAAGAUGGGAAUAGUUCAUUAUGAAAUUUCAGGGGUGAAUGAGUUCACUUCAGUAAUGUGUGAUUGGGCCCUUUGCAUCAGCUACAGUACUAUCUUCAGUCCCAUCUCCACCAAUCAAACACAGCCUUAUAGAAUCCAGGACAGAUUGCGUCUCAGAAUGCCUUGUCGUCAAAUUUCAUUGGCUGCUGAUCUAUACAAGACUUGACUCAUAGUUUUAUUAAAUUUUUCUCAAAUUUGAGAAGCUCCAUAUUAUUGAUCAUUUACAAAAUCACAGUUCACAAAUAGAAAUAUUACCCAUAUACUUUAUCUUUUAUUUAGCAUCAUAUCUAUUUUAUUAGAAUUCUCUCAUAUGAGGUUGAACGUUCCACCAUGAAACUUAAUGUAGCUUCUCAGAUUUGAGUACACAAGAUGUAAAAUAAAUGGUUUGUCUUCUUUUGAAUAAUGCAACUUUUUUCAAAUAGGCCAGUUAAGUUUAAUCCUGGUCUUCAAGAUUUCUCCAAAGGUUCGCUUUAAGACAACUUAGACUGUUCUAUUUUCAUUUAAGGACCCCCGCACCGCUGCUAAAAACAGAAACAACUCUUUGGAAAUUGUUUCUUCUCCAGCAUGACUAUAGCUUCGGUAAAUCAUUUCUGAGAAGGAAACCAUAUCUUGAAGAACUUUUUUGUAGAAAGGAUAAAGAUGAAAUGAGCAAUAGUUUUUCGAGUGUAAAAAUUAAGUUGGGCUAGACCAGUAUUCGAACCCUGGACUUCAGAUUGUCAUACUAUCCCUCUAACCGAUUGAGCUACCUGUAAGUGUCCUAAAAUUAGGAUGCCAUUCACCCCUGAAGUUUCAUAAUGAACUAUUCCAACUUUUGAAUCGGAAGAGUUCAAAUGUAUCUUGAGGGGUGAAUGAGUAAAGGGGGCGGUUACUGUAUAUAGGAAAACCCACAGAGCAAAGGGUCAGCUUGUUUUUAGAUUUUAAAUUUAAAAAUUCAUCAGAAAAAUUGGAAAAAAAUGCAAUGGGACAAAGUAUCACAAAAUUAAUAUUUAUCUGAACUGAUGAUAAAGCGGCACUUGAAUAUCGUAUCUUACAUUGUACUUUCACGAUAACAGCUUCCCCUUUCUUUCAAGUAAACGUUGAACAGAAAUAUUUGUAAGUCAUGUUAUACUUGCUAUAGAAAGUCCAUGUUGUAUAGUAUAGUCAGUGGUAGAUUGUUAUUUUUAUUUGAUGUUGUAUUAUGCAUGCAGACAACCUUGUUGUCAGUUUUAAACCAUUUUACAGAAAUAAUUAAUCCAAUUUUUAAGCCAA